UAUUGCCUAACCCUAACCUGUUACCCAUGUUACGUUCCGAUGUCCACCAUUUUGGUUCGCAUACUUCGGGAGCACCCAAUUUUUUACAAAAUCAUUCACUACAAAAUAUCUCAUUUCACAAAAACACAAUUUCUGUUGUAAGAGUUGGUUAGGUAACAUACCGGAUAGGCCUACUAGUUUUUUAUGAGAGAAUCGUUGAAAUAGAUAUAACCUUCAGGACAGCCGAUCAUAAUAUUGUGAUAAAAAAAUAAAUAUUUAUAUAUGGUUUUCACGUCCAUAGAUUGAAAUCAAUCAUUUUGUUAGUAGAUUACUUUUUAAUACAGCUAUAAAUGACACUGCCAAUGUUUUUAAGAAUUAUUAACACUUUCACGUCGCUGCAUUAUAACAGGCUUUCUGCAGUGACAUGUCUUGUAUAGCAUGUUUUAAAUAUACCCUUUUUUAUUACUUUCUCCAGCCAUAUUAUAGUAGCAUAGAUAGUGUAAAUAUAUCUUCAAAUUAUUGAUCAUGGCAGAUUAUGAUGAACCAAUCUCUGAUGACGAAAAGGUUAGAAUUGUAAAGAGCUUUUUAACUCAUGCUCCACCUGGAGAAUUUGCUGAGGUUUUCAAUGAUGUGAGAAUUCUUCUCAGCAAUGAUACAUUACUGAAGGAAAAGGCUGCAUCAGCGUUUGUCAAAUACAACACUGAUCAGUUUAUACCAGCAGUUGUGGAAGGUGUGAAGGAUCCUGUUCUGAUAACAUCCCAUGGUGAAGUCGAAAAUGGGAAAUACGUUGAUCCACGUUCAAAAAAAUCAUUCAGAUAUGAUCAUUUAAGGAACGCAGUAUCAGAGAUAUGUGAUCAUGAUGAACUUGAUGGUGAGAAAUGGAGAUUGGCUGUUGAUGAAGCAUUCCGACCUUAUAUUGAGGAGCAUUAUCCACAUGGAGCUUAUGCGGUUUACAGCAAAUUAGAUAAUGGAUCUGUCGUUUUGACGGUGUGCAUAGAAGAUCACAAAUAUGAGCCACUCAAUUUUUGGAAUGGACGUUGGAGGUCUGAAUGGUGUGUCACUAUUGAUGAAAAUGGUGGAAAUGCUCAGAUUGUUGGAAUCUUAAAGAACCAGGUUCAUUAUUAUGAGGAUGGAAAUGUUCAACUCGUCAGUCAAAAGGAAUGUAAAGACAACACUUCUGCAUCUAAUGAGCGUCAGCUGGCCAAGGACCUCUUGAAACUUGUGUCAAAAGCAGAAAGUGACUAUCAGGAAGCAAUUUCAGCAAACUAUCAUACCAUGUCGGAGACGACAUUCAAGGCAUUGCGUCGACAACUCCCUAUCACCCGUGCCAAGGUUGAUUGGAACAAGAUCCUUGGAUACAAAAUUGGCAAAGAACUGUCUAAAUGAAAAUGGAAUUAAUUCUGCUGCUUCGUCAGUUAUGAACAUGUGUUGACAGCUCCCAAACUCUAAUAUUAAUAAAUAAAUAUUCAACAUUAUCCAAGGCAUAUCAUUAUGCUCAUAUUCGUAACUUAGUUUGAAAUUUAGCAGUUUUUUUUCCUGUUCGAUUACUGUAAUCAGAGAAAUGUUUUUUCAUUCAAUUUACUUAUGAUGGCAGUCAAAAUUCCAAUGUCUUAUAAUCGAUGCCUACCCGAAUCUUUUUUUUAUCUGUGUGAUUCUUCGGUUUAUAUGCGAAUUGUAAGUUUCUGAAGUUAUAUACUAUCAUUACUAUUAAUCGACUAAGGCUUGGCAGCGAUGCAUGUAAUUUUUAGGAUGAACAAGAUUUUAUGGAUAAUGGUUAGGGUUAUGGUGGCAAACAUUUCUAAGGAUAUCAUUACUUAUUUGCUAUAUUAAAUAAUCGAGAAAAUUAUUUACUUAUUCGAAUUUAUUUUUCAAUUGUAUCGCAUAUAUUGGUGGGCCAAAUGUGGCCCACAAAGACAACUUGUGUGCCCCGUGGAGAAGAGCCACUUUUGAAUGGUGUGCGGCCCGCGAAAUGAGUUUCUAGUAAUUCCAAUUCCUUUGCAAUACUAUAAAGCGAUCAACGUAUGUCACAAGAUCAAUAACAAAAAUUUUGUGUCUGCAAGACUGCAUAUACUAGAUAGCCUACGUUAUCCAGUUAUUUGAUCUGGCCCUCAUGUGUUUAAAGGAUGCACACCCCUGGCCUAUCUAACUAUCUAUCUAUCCUGGCCACAUACCUAAAUCUGCCAUUCAUGCAACUACCAUGUCCAUGACUAUCAACCCAUUGUCAGGUAGAAUCAUUUGCAAAUUUGUAAUGCUAUUGAUCUCUAUAACUUAACUACCCUUUUUAAUGUCUUGUAAUGACUGCAAACUAUCUUUAUAAAAUGACUUUGCCAGAAUCCAUCUGAUCUAAGUUCAACUUCUCAUUUGAGCUGUCAGAAUUUUGAAACUUUCAUGCAUUAUGUAGCUACUUAUAUUUUAUCCAGAUAUUCUUGAUUUUUACAUGAUAUGAGGUUCCAAUCAUAUUAUCAUCACUUUAUGCCUUUUCAACAUCCUUAGGCUACAUGAUAUAGUUAAUUUGUAAUUGAUGAUUAUAUGCUUUAAUAUAAUAUCACAUUAAAAAAUAGUGAA